UGAUCACUCUUCUCGCUAUAAAUAGAAAGGGGUCUUCCGCACUUCGUUGCUCUUCACUCGCUCUCUUUCCGUUCUCAUCGCUCCCUCUUCCUUGCUUCGUCUCAACAGGUGACAAAUAUAGCCUCACUGUUGCACUUGCGAAAUAUAAAGAAUGGGAUCCUUUGAAGAAUUGUACUCGCUGAGAUCUGUCACAGAUUUACCUGCCCCUUUUCGUUCUACUUUUAGCUUCAGAUACUUUAAUUCCUUGCAGAGCGAAUGCUUUCCUAUAUGUUUUCUCUCCGAUUUCAACAUGGUCAUCUCAGCACCAACUGGGAGCGGCAAAACUGUACUCUUUGAGCUCUGCAUUGUCAGGCUUCUUUCGAGAUUUCUUUCGCCAGAAGGAAAAUUUAAUCAUAUGAAAGGAGUCCUGAAAACAAUUUAUAUUGCUCCAUCGAAGGCCUUAGUACAGGAAAAGCUUCGAGACUGGAAUUUGAAGCUUGGAUCCUGGGGAAUCAAUUGUUUGGAGAUGACAGGCGACAAUGAAUCUCACAACACAAAGAACAUUCAGGAGGCAGACAUAAUUCUAACCACUCCUGAGAAGUUUGACGCUGUCACUCGCCAUGGAGUCAGGGACGGAGGGUUAAGUUUCUUUAGUGACAUAGCACUUAUGCUUAUUGAUGAGGUUCACCUGCUCAAUGACCCACGCGGAGCUGCCUUAGAAGCAAUAGUUAGCAGAACUAAGAUGCUUUCUCGUAUCCCAGAUAUGAGAUCCACGCCUUUGGCAGAUGUUCGGUUUAUUGCAGUUUCUGCCACUAUUCCCAAUAUUGAGGAUCUUGCGGAAUGGCUGCUGGUUCCACCACAAGGGAUUAAAAGAUUUGGAGAAGAGAUGAGGCCUGUAAAGUUGACUACCAAGGUUUUCGGUUAUGCUCCAGCAAGAAAUGAUUUUUUGUUUGAAAGGAGGCUUCAGAAUUUCAUCUUUGACAUCCUCAUGCAAUAUUCAAGAGGAAAAUCUGCACUAGUGUUCUGCUCUACCAGAAAAGGUGCACAAGAAGCAGCUCAAUGCCUCUCACAGACUGCAAUGAGCCUUGGUUAUUCAAAUCCUUUUGUAAAGUCUAAGCAGCAGCAGGAAAAACUGAAGGAGGCUUCUUUGUCUUGCAGUGAUAAGCAAUUGCAAUCAUGCAUUUUAAAUGGCGUUGGUUAUCAUAAUGGCGGUCUUUGCCUAAAGGAUCGAAACCUCAUUGAGGGACUUUUUCUAAAGGGUGAUGUUCAAGUUCUUUGUACCACAAAUACUCUGGCAUAUGGGAUCAACUUACCUGCACAUACGGUUAUCAUCAAAUCAACUCAAUAUUUUAACAAAGAGAAGGGCCUCUAUGCCGAAUAUGAAAGGUCCAUGGUAUUACAGAUGUGUGGAAGGGCAGGUCGUCCACCAUUUGAUGACACUGGAAUAGUUAUCAUUAUGACAAGAAAGGAAACAGUUCACUUGUAUGAGAAUCUCUUAAAUGGAUGUGAAAUGAUUGAAUCUCAAUUACUAUCAUGCGCAAUAGAACAUCUGAAUGCUGAGAUUGUUCAGUUGAUGGUCUCCGAUAUAAGCUUGGCAAUCGAGUGGCUGAAGUGUUCCUAUCUGUAUGUUAGGAUAAGAAAGAAUCCUGAAUACUACGGAAUAAAAAGAGGAAUUCCUUCUGAACGCCUAGAAAAGCAUGUGCGAGAGAUAUGUGUUCAAAAAAUCAAUGAGCUGUCAGAACACGGAAUGAUAUGGACAGAUGAAGAUGGUUUCCUUUUAAAACCAUUAGAACCUGGAAAGCUGAUGACAAAAUACUAUCUGAAAUUUGACACGAUGAAACUUAUUGUGAAAGCUCCCGAAAGUUGCAGUUUGGAAGAUAUGCUUCAUAUCAUCACCCACUCUGCAGAGAUAGCCUGGAUCCAGCUUAGAAGAAAUGAGAAGAAACUUCUAAACGACAUACACUCAGAUAAAGAAGGCAGGCUUCGAUUCCAUCUCCUUGGCGAGAACGGAAAACGGAAAAAGCGUAUCCAGACGAGAGAGGACAAGAUAUUUGUUCUAGCAAAUGACAGUCUAACUGGGGAUCCCCUGAUUCAUGACUUAUCUCUUAGUCAGGAUGCCAGUUCGAUAUGUUUAAAUGGAUAUAGGAUUGCCAAAUGCAUGAAAGAGUGCUUUAUCUACCGAAAGAGUUACAAGGGAGCUAUAAAUUCCAUGCUUCUUGCAAAAUGUCUACAUCAGAGGCUGUGGGAUAACAGCCCUUACCUGCUGAAACAACUCCCAGGCAUUGGAAUGGUUACUGCGAAGGCACUGCAAACAGCAGGAAUUGAUUCGUUCCAAAGAAUGGAAGAAGCUGAUCCCAGAAAAAUAGAAAUAGUAACAGGACGCAAGUACCCAUUCGGAAAUCAUAUCAAAGAAUCCCUGCUAUCUCUCCCUCCAAAGAUUGAAAUAGAGAUAGCAGAGGCUGAAUGGAAAAGAAAAGGGAAUUCAAAGUUGCUCAUAACUUUAACUCGUUUACCACAGCCUGUUUCACCAAGAAAACACCAUUAUGCAGAUCUGGUGGUAGGAUCAAAAGAAGAUAAUGUGAUCCUAUUUCACGAGAAAAUGAGAGCCGACGAAUUUUCCAGCCCCUGUUCUGUAAAUGUUCUUGUACCAUGCCCCCAAAAUGGGAGGGUGACUGUGAAAGCCGAUCUUAUUUUUGAAGAAUAUGUUGGGCUUGACAUCCACAAAAAGUAUGUAAUUAGCAGCGAGAACAGUUCCAGAAAGAUGCGAGGCCAUGUAAAUGAAGUGCCCGCACGAUUUCACUCUCUCCCCAGAGAAAUUUGUGCUAUAGAUGAUGAUAACAACACCAGCUCAGAGAUCACAACUGAUAUUCAGGAUAUAGGGAAUACUGGGAAUUUGUCUUCAGCGCCCAGCUUUGAUCUCCUGCAGGAAGAAAAUGGCAGAGAUAAGUUAGUUACUGAGCAAGAAGAAACUGAAGAUGAAGUCAACAAUGUGGAUUGUCUUAGCAAAGUCAACACAGACGAGAUGGUAUUUGACCACAUCCGCAAGAAGUCUAAGAAUUUCCCAACUCUCUUGCCAUCGAAAGCCAUGGCUGCUACUUAUGAACCUGAGAUUCUCACCAGAAAACGCACACCAAAGAACCAGUUUGAACUCAAUCAGAGUGGCUUGCAUGUAGAUGAUGUGAUAAUGAUUGAUUCAGAGCAAAAUUAUCAAACCUCUCUAAAGUACAACAAUGCCAGCUUUAGUGAAAUGUCACAUAUACAACUCCGAGAUGAAGUUAGAAGCAAUGUAAAUGUUCAAUCAGAGAAGAUUUCCUCUCAUAAUAUUCUGAAAGAUGUUCACUUUCAAGGCGUGGGGUGCAAAAGAGCAUAUUAUGCAGAAGAAUCAGAUGCAAUUUGUGAGAAGCAAGAUUACCGCAUAGAUACACCAUCUGACUUGCGAGGUGGUGACAUGGCAGUGUCAUUCCUUGGGUUUAAGAGUGUGUUUUCAUUUCUUUAAGCUGUUCUUUGUUCCUUUUUGGAAAAUUACAAACUGUAGAUGGUAAAGAUACAAUUUGUAGAUCACAGACAAGUCUGGAUAUGUUUUGUGGUGGCAGUGGAAAAUGAUAACAUAAAAUAACUUGUCAUUUUCUUUUUCCAUUUUCCGUGUGUGAAUUUUGUUUGAAAGUUAGCAAAGGCUUCAACUGAA